GAAAAUCUAGAAAUUAACCAAUGGGAAAAAAAGUAGCGUAAAAAGAUUGUAAACACAUUCGCGGGGUUGACCUGGAGAAUCGUCGAAUCUGUUAUUAUUUUUCAGUGUUAAAAUACACCAAUAUUAUUAAAUUUCUAGUGCAUCGAUCAGAAAUUUGUGCAAUAGUUUGUUGUAUUUCAUUCAUAAUCCUGUAAUUUCAUAUUCCUUUGCAAAAUAUGGCUGCAGAAAUGGAAGUGGGACAGGAUUCUCUUCAAGAUGGCGUGGACAUGGCUAAUGGUAUCGAUGAUGACCCUUCUGAAGGCAUAGAUGGUCUAGGCGAGCUAUCUAAAGAAUUGUCUUCGAGACCAAUAAGAAAAGCAAAGCGUCAGUUAGGAAGACUCAGUCCUGGUAAAGAAGUUGGACCCGAAGGUGCAGCUGCAUUAGUUAAAAAAGCAUUGCCACUUACUAAAAAUAGUCGCAAAUCUCGUGACGGAAGAGGCCGAGGUCUCCCGAAGAAAGGGGGUGCUGGAGGCAAAGGUGUUUGGGGAAAGCCAGGUGAGGAAGCUAAUGAAGAUGGUCAUUGCCAAGACUCACAUGAUCCAAAUUAUGAUUCUGAAAGUGAGGAAGAAUAUCUUAUCGAAGAGAUUGAUCCAGAGGUGACAUUGGAGGAGCUGGAGAAAGUUUUAGAGCCAGCAAUAUUAGAAUAUUAUGAAAGUAAUAACACAACUGAAUUCAUGAGCUCAGUGGUUGACUUAAAUAUUGGUUCCAAACGCCCCAAACUGGUAGAGUACAUCAUUAGCAAGGCAAUAGAUCACAAACCUGCUCAAUGUGAGAUGACCUCUGUUCUGCUCUCAGAUCUCUAUGGCCGUGUCCUCCAACAUGAGCACAUUAUUGAAGGCUUUAAUGAUCUCUUGGGAAAGCUGUCUGACCUUGUUAUAGAUGCUCCACAUGCUCCUGAGGUUGUUGGAAAGUUUAUGGCUAGAGCAGUAGCUGAUGAUUGUUUGCCACCCAAGUAUAUUCAGUCUCAUAAAGGCAAAGUGGAAUGUAAAAAUAGUCAGGAUGCAUUAUUGAAAGCUGAUACAUUAUUGACACAAAAGCAUGGUAUUGUCAGACUUGAUAACAUCUGGGGAACUGGUGGCGGAAUUAGGCCAGUAAAAUACUUGAUAAAGCAAAUGGUGAUGCUGUUACAAGAGUAUCUGUCCUCUGGAGAUAUUAAUGAAGCCACAAGAUGUUUGACAGAGUUGGAUGUCCCUCACUUUCACCAUGAGUUGGUUUAUGAAGCUACCAAUUUAGUGCUUGAAAAAUCAACUGAUAGGGCAGCUGAAAUGAUGGCCAAACUUCUGAAAUCACUUUCUGUUGCUGUUAUCAUCACUCCAGACCAGUUAAUCCAGGGAUUCCGACGCAUUUUUGAAAACAUGGCAGACAUUUGCCUGGAUGUGCCCAAUGCUUAUGCACUGCUUGACAAAUUUGCUACAAUUUGUCAUAGAGAAGGAAUUAUUAGCAAUGAAAUUUUAAAUGAUGUUCCUCAAAGAGGUCGCAAGCGCUUUGUGUCUGAGGGUGAUGGUGGAAAAGUGAAAGACUCAUGAGCACAGCCAGGUGUUGAUCUUUCAACUUGUUCAACUGACCACAACUUAAAAGCAAGAAAAGUGUUUUUUUAUUAACAGGCGAUUGUUGUAUUAUUAUUAUUAAGCCUGAUUUGAAUUCUUCUUGGAGAGGGUAUUUGUGAUGAAUAUUGCAUAAAGUUUAAUGUCAGCAUAAACAUAGAAGACAUUGGGGCAUCCACCAGUUGUGCAUGUAGGGCUGAGUUCUUGUUUUUAGCAAACCCCAUUGUGAUUUAUUUUUUGUAUGGUAUUGAAACAUGAAGGACAGAUUGUUGGAAUGUUUUGAAUUUUGUACAUUUUUAUAAAGUAAUUUUUUGAAUCAACAAGCAAAAAACCUGUGAAUAUUUCAGUUCUUUUAUUUUAUUUCAAGUAGAUAACUAUAUCUUUUUUAAACCCAAUAACUAUACAUUGACUUUUUUCCCAUAGUAUUUCUGUUAGAGAUUUUGCAAGCAAAACUGUUUUAUAUUUAUCUCUCUCCCUCAUUUAUUUCUAUGUAAGACAUUGAUGUUAAAUUAAUAAGUCUAAACUUUUUUGUUUGUUCCAUAGUUUGUCUUUUUAAGUUACAUGUAUGACAUGCACUAUGAAAUAUUUGUUUAAAUACUUGGUCUACAUGUUCAUCUCACUGCAUGCAUUCUAUUGGCAAUCUUUGAAUUUUCAACCAAAUAAAGAAUAAAAUGCAGUGGUUAUUGGUUUUCUUUUUAAAUUCAUAAGUCAACUAUUCAGAGAAUGUUCAAUCUGUUACUCAAGUUCAGGUAUCAACUUAAUCAUGUGGGAUAAUGUUUUCUCUAAGUACGUAACGUUUUUAUCUCUUGUAUCUUAUUCAUCGGUAACCAUGCCUUUUUAAAAUUAUUCCUUCCAUAAGCCGAAAAGGAAAAGUUUAUUUUCUGGCCUAAGUUUAUAGUUUAUAUGUUACUAAUAUGUAGACUUUGGCUAAUAGUUGACUAUGUAUAUCGUAUAUUUAUUUUGUUGUAUUUCAAAGCAAACUGGUGUGGGUAUAUUAUCACAGCAUUUCUAAGGUAUUCAAAAUUUAUUUUCUGCUAAGUGCUCAUGUAUAUUCUAUUUAUAAUUCUACUUGCCAAAUAGCAGUAAAAGUUGAUACCAUUUAAAAAAUAUCACAUUAAAAGUUUAAAAAAUCCAGACAAUUAGAUUUGCUUGUACAGUUUUUUUUUUUUUUUAGAAAUCUUUAUUGUACAGUUCUGAAAUAUCACAGUGUUUAAUUUCAAUAAGUUUUUUUAAAAUAGCACAAAAUUUGUAAUACUAUCUGUCUAUAUUCAUAAAAUACCAAACAAAACAGAAUUCAUGAAACACUUGCUUUAUAAAAAAAGUCAUCUUCAUUUUAACUUUUAUUUACGUUCAAAACCAUUUCCCCCUUCAUUUUUAAGUUUUAAAAGGUUUAUUUUUUUGGUUUUUUUAUUUUCUCUGACAAUGUUUCUGUAAGAGGAAAAUUUUGUGUUUGGAAUGUUUCUGUUUGCUUGUGUUUUGUUUUCUUUUGUAUGUGUGCUAAAUAUUUUUUUAACAUUGGAUUUUGGUCAUGAAUAAAAUGUGAGACUUACUAUA